AUGGCGAGUACACAGGGUACGCCGGGCCGCAGUGGCGGGAGACGCGCGGGGGGCAGGCAGUCCGUAUCGUCCAAUUGGACGGCUGGGACAGGAGCCACGCUCACCUCAGGGUUGCUUCUCGAUCAGAACAGUUCGGAACCGUACGCUGGGGCGUCCUUUGAGGCAGUGCCGAGCUCUAUCGUGUCGUUUCAUCACCCGCACUCUAUCCAGUCUAGUGGGUACCUUACGGGGGCCGGGGUAGGGGCUGCUGAUCAGUCGCACUCGCACUCGCAAUCACAAUCCCCGUCACAACCACUGAUCGAACGACCAGGACUCGCUGGGCCCUCACAAAGACGAUCCUCCUCUAGAAGCUCAUCCCGUGUCCCGCAGUUCAGGUUCUUCACGGACAAGCAGAUCAGCGACGCAGAGGGUGCAGCGACGCUUGAACACACGGACUACAACACCCAUUGGGAGGACCGGCCAGCGUACGAAACGGAACGUUUGUUUGGGGUCAACAGUAGCAGCAGAGGUAGCAGUGCAUUUGCGUCCCGUAGGUCAUCCCUCUCUCGAAUCGGUUCUUAUGGGUCCUACGGGUCCCAUGGAUCUCUGGGGGCAGACAGUUAUUUGGGCCACCCGCUCACAAGGCACGCAAGAAGAAGUGAGUCUGUGUCAGGUGCUGGUGCUGGUGCUGGUGAUGACGUACAUUCCAACGCCAUUUACCAAACCCGCUCCACGGACUCCUCCGCAAGUCUCUCCAGAUACACGAUCACGGACAGGAUCCCGAGCGAGAUCGAGGACCAGGACAGCGGGAUCCUAGACGAGACGUCUUCGGGCCGCAGUAGGUCACAGUCCACCGCCAGUGGGUCAUCGCGUGACAACGAGGAGGACAACAACGGACACGACGACAAUCACAGCCACUACAAGAAGGGCGCGUACCACAACGAGUUCUUGAAAGCAGAGUACCAUGAGAAAUUCUACGCCAAGUAUGCCGCUACACAAACUUUCCAACGGUUCUAUAUCACCGAGGAGGACAUCGUCAUCGGGAUCGCUGGGUACAGGAACGGGAGGUUGCGUGUCUGGCUAUACAACCUCCUGUGCUGGUUCACACUAGGGGUAGCGUAUGUCGUGUUCAAGUGGUUCCCAGCCCGUAAAGUGAAACUAGUAGGGGUUAGGUGCCCCUUGGGGAAGGCAGAGUGGGUCGUGAUCGAAAACGAGUUCGGUGAGUUCAUCGUAGAACAAGUCGACAGGAGAUGGUACAACAGACCAUUGAGCACGGUGCUCAUACUUGAAAAAUCCGAGCAGGGAGGAGGCGACGGCGUCGGAAACGACGCUCAAUCCCUCGAUAACACAACGCACCACCACUCAAACGACGCAAACCCAAACAUGCCCAUCCUCGUCUCCUUCCAGUACAGGUAUAUCACGUUCAUCUACUCCCCACUCGAGGAUAUCUUCAGAACCAAUAACAACUGGGCAGACCUCGACUGGCUCAACUUGAACCACGUGCAGCGCGGACUCCCCAGCGUGAUCCAGGAGGACAGAAUCAUAGCGUUCGACAAAAACCAGAUUAACUUGAAGGUAAAAACAACUUCGGAGAUUCUCUUCAACGAGGUGCUCCACCCGUUCUACGUGUUCCAAAUCUUUUCCAUUAUUCUGUGGAGCUUGGACGAAUACUACUACUAUGCGGCAUGCAUCUUCCUCAUCUCCGUGCUCUCCAUCUCGGAGACACUGAUAGAAACGAAGAAGACGUCUCAAAACCUCUCCGAAAUGUCUCACUUCAACUGCGAGGUGCGUGUCUUUAGAGAUGAGUUCUGGACAAACGUGAACUCGAGCGAAUUAGUUCCGGGGGACAUUUACGAAGUUUCAGACCCAGCACUCACAGUCCUACCGUGUGACUGUAUCCUACUGACCGGGGACUGUAUCGUAAACGAGUCCAUGCUCACGGGUGAAUCUGUCCCAGUCCCGAAGGCCCCAGCUACAGAGGACACCAUGUUCCAACUCCUGGAAGAUUUCCAAAACACGCAAAUAUCAAGCUUCGUCUCCAAGUCUUUCCUAUUCAACGGUACAAAAAUCAUUAGAGCAAGGUACCCUCCGGGCCACUCCGCUGCUCUCGCCAUGGUCGUGCGAACCGGGUUUUCCACAACAAAGGGCUCCCUCGUACGGUCAAUGGUCUUCCCGAAACCAACAGGAUUUAAGUUUUAUAGCGACUCAUUCAAGUACAUUGGUGUCAUGGCCAUCGUUGCCAUGCUUGGGUUCUCUUUAAGCUGCAUCAGGUUUGUGAAAAUCGGCUUGGAUAAAAGGACAAUGAUCUUGAGAGCUCUGGAUAUAAUAACUGUUGUCGUACCGCCAGCGUUGCCAGCAACUCUGACUGUGGGGACAAGCUUCGCCCUGAGCAGAUUGAAACGUAAAGGAAUAUUCUGUAUUUCACCAACGAGAGUCAACAUUGGUGGGAAAAUCGACGUUAUGUGUUUCGACAAAACGGGGACAUUGACAGAGGAUGGGUUGGACGUCCUGGGUGUGCACCUUUCCGAACCGGGACAACACGGGUUCAAAUUUGGCACCUUGAAAUCCGAUAGUGUCGACCUCUUUGACAAGUUCUCCUUGAACGACUGUAGCUCGCCGCUGGAUGUAAAGUCCAAAAACCUUUUGAUGUCGCUUUUGACAUGCCACUCUUUGCGGCUCGUUGAUGGUGAGUUAAUAGGUGAUCCGUUGGACUUCAAAAUGUUCCAAUUUACAGGUUGGUCAUUCGAGGAGGACUUUCAAAAACAGAAAUUCCAUUCAUUGUAUGAGGAAAGACACGAGGGCGUCAUGUUCCCGGAGAACAAUGACAUCAUACCCGCUGUGGUUCAUCCCAAUUCAGACGACCCGGAAAACAAGUUUAUUGAUAACGACCCGCACAAUUUCCUGGGGAUCAUCAGAAGCUUCGACUUUCUGUCCGAACUGAGAAGAAUGAGUGUUAUUGUGAAACUUAGCUCCGAUGACAUAUACUGGGCGUUCACAAAAGGGGCUCCAGAGGUUAUAUCUGAGAUCUGUAACAAGAACACUUUACCAUCGGACUACAACGAGAUCUUGGACCACUACACACAUUCCGGGAACAGAGUCAUCGCCUGUGCCGGCAAGAUCUUGCCAAAACACACCUGGCUUUACUCUCAGAAAGUCAGUAGAGAGGAGGUUGAAUGCAAUAUGGAAUUCCUCGGUUUUAUCAUUUUUGAGAACAAACUGAAGGAGGCGACGACCCCUACAUUGAAGGUCUUGCAAGAUGCGAGUAUCAGAACGAUUAUGUGUACAGGGGAUAACGUCUUGACUGCUAUCUCUGUUGGCAGAGAGUGUGGUUUGGUCAAGGAGCCGAAAGUUUACGUGCCGUACUUGAAUAAUCCGGAUGGAGAAUUUCUCGUGUGGAGAGAUGUUGACAACUACGAGGAUAUCCUGGAUGUUGCCACGUUACAACCGGUUAGUCAGGAAACAACUACAGAUUAUACUCUGGCUGUGACUGGGGAAGUGUUCAGAAUACUCUUUGCCUCAGAAAACAAUAUACCGGAGGAUUACAUCAACGAGAUUUUGCUCAAGACGUCUGUGUACGCAAGGAUGUCACCGGAUGAGAAGCAUGAGCUGAUGGAGCAGUUGCAAAAAAUUGACUACACCGUCGGGUUCUGUGGUGAUGGUGCUAACGACUGUGGUGCUUUAAAAGCUGCCGACGUGGGUAUUUCUUUGUCUGAGGCAGAGGCUUCUGUUGCUGCACCAUUCACCUCGAAAGUGUUCGAUAUACGUUGUGUUCUUGACGUUAUUAAAGAGGGGAGAGCAUCGCUGGUCACUUCUUUUGCCUGUUUCCAGUACAUGAGCUUGUACUCUGCGAUCCAAUUCAUUACAAUUACGAUCUUAUACAGCCGUGGAUCCAAUCUGGGUGAUUUCCAGUUCCUAUACAUCGACUUAUUCCUUAUUGUUCCAAUCGCGAUAUUCAUGUCGUGGUCUAAACCAUUUGACAAACUUGCGAAGAAGAGACCCUCCGCGAAUCUUGUUUCGUUAAAGAUCCUGCUCCCCAUGAUGCUAAGUUUCGUGAUCAUUCUUCUAUUCCAGGUGAUUCCGUGGCUCUAUGUCCAAGAGGAACCGUGGUAUGUGAAACCUGUUGUCGGUGGGGAUGACGCGGUGCAAUCCUCGGAUAACACAGUUCUUUUCUACGUCUCUAACUUCCAAUACAUUUUAACCGCCGUCAUUCUCUCUGUGGGCCCGCCGUAUAGGGAACCCAUGUCUAAGAAUUUCGGGUUUAUCAUCGAUAUCUUAGUAUCGUUGCUGGCCAGCACGUUGUUGAUGUUUGUGGAUCUGACUUCCGGUCUGGGAAAGCUUUUCCAAUUGACGUUUAUCUCUGGUGGGUUUAAGACAUUUAUUGUUGUGUGGGCGAUUGUGAAUUACUUCGUGCAAGCUUACAUCCCGGGCACGGUCAAGACGUACUUCAAGAAGCGGAGAAGCAGUAAGAAGUAUAAGAAUAUUUUGAGGGAGAGAAACACCCUUCAGACGGCGUGA